AUGCCCAAAGUCGACACAAACACCGCAGAAAACGAGAUGCGCGUCGCAUCGAGCAGCACCGUAACACAGACUGUCAAGGCUGCCGCUGCUGCGAGCUACACCCAAAAGACGAUUAGCUCCAUGUUCUCCAAGGCACCUACAAGGACAGUCUCCUCGGCGAGGAAGAAAGUGCUCGAGGCGCAAGCGGAGGCGAAAGCAGAAAGUCAAAGUUCAGCCGUAUCCCCACCUGAGCCUGUACCGAGCGGUUCAACAUCCCAAAUCAAAAUACCUAUUCAAGUCACUUUGGACACAUUGGAGAAGGAUACGAUGGAUCCGACGUGGUAUGAAGCGCUCAAGAGCGAGUUCGACAAAGGGUACUUCAAACAGUUGAAGAAAUUCUUGGCCAGUGAAAUGGCAUCUCAUACGGUCUUCCCAGCCAUGGAGAAUAUCUACUCCUGGUCUCGACUGACACCUUUGGACAAGGUCAAGGUUGUCGUGAUAGGACAGGACCCAUACCAUGGCGUUGGCCAAGCACAUGUUUUACCCCCGACCGUUCCUCCACCUUCGUUAAAGAACAUCUACAAGCAACUCCAAAGUGAUUUCCCUUCUUUCAUUCCACCCAAAACCGCCGGGGACCUCUCUCCUGUGGCCUCGCAAGGCGUCCUAUGGCUUAAUUCUUGCUUGACAGUACGAGCGCAUAAAGCUGCAUCCCAUGCGAAGAAGGGCUGGGAGACGUUCACUACUCAGGUUCUGAAGGCCGUCCUUCAACGAAAAGGUGCUAUUCAAGGAGUCGUAUUUCUGGCUUGGGGAAUGCCAGCCCAAAAGACCUUCGAUUCGCUGUCCAUAGACAAGUCGAAGCAUCUCAUGUUGAAGUCUGCACACCCUUCUCCUCUGUCAGCAAACAGAGGUUUCUUCGGGAACGGCCACUUCAAAAAGACAAAUGAAUGGCUGGAGCAGAAGUACGGAAAAGGUGCAGGGAUUGACUGGAUGGUUUUGAGCGCGAAGAAGUGA